AAUGCCACCUCAUAAUUCAUUAUGGCGCCUCACAAGAUGCUGCAGAAUUUCGUGUAUUUAUUCCUUUUUGGAAUAAUUUGCCUUGUGGAGGAUCUACUUGCCACGUCUCAAUGGAACACAAAAGACUAUUUCAAAAGAGAACAUUCCCUCGUAAAACCGUACCAAGGUGGUGGCAUGACAAUUCCCAACUGGGACUUUCUUGGUAACACAAUGGUUACAAAUUCCUAUAUUCGUCUCACACCCGAUCACCAGAGUAAACGAGGAGCGAUUUGGAACAAAGUUCCUUGCGGGUCAAAGAACUGGGACGUACAAGUACACUUCAAAGUGCAUGGCACUGGAAAAGAGCUGUUUGGUGAUGGUUUUGCAAUAUGGUAUGCACAGGAGGCAUUACAAAUAGGCCCUGUGUUUGGUAGCAAGGACAAGUUCUCUGGACUUGCGGUUUACCUCGAUACCUAUGCCAACCAGAAUGGUCCCCACAAUCAUGGCCACCCCUACAUCUCCGCCAUGGUCAACAAUGGCACCCUGUCUUACGACCAUGACCGCGAUGGAACUCACACCGAACUCGCUGGCUGUGAGGCAAAGUUCAGAAACCUAGAUUACGACACCCACAUUUCUAUCCGCUACGAAAACGAUGUCCUGACGGUAUCAACGGACAUCGACGGCAAGAAUGCCUGGAAGGAGUGCUUCACGGUAAAGGGAGUGCGUCUGCCAACGAACUAUUUCUUUGGUGCCUCUGCAGCUACUGGAGACCUGUCGGAUAACCACGACAUUAUAUCGAUAAAAAUGUACGAAUUGGACAUCCAGGAUGAGAAGCCACAAGAUACGGAGGACCGAUCAAAGAUUAUUCCUGCAGCGUCAUACUUUGCACCGCCUCGAGACCACGUGGAGGAUCCACCGCCACCUAUGUCUGGAACGAAGCUCUUCCUUAUUGUGUUGUGUGCCAUACUAGGAAUAAUCCUCUGCGUCAUUGUGGGCUACAUUGUUUUCCAGCGACAACAAGAGACUUCGAGAAAGAGGUUUUACUAAAGCGCGGGUCUUGGGCAUCGGGGCACAUGAAUCACCAAAUCGGAUCCAAGCGUGGGCUUCCGUGCAUUUUUUUCACACACUUUCCUCAUAAAAUGCCAUGAUCAUUGCCAGUGCUACUUUUUUUUUUUCUUCUUCUUUCUUGCUGUGGCCAAACACAUCACUGAACAGAUCACAUACGCUGGCCAUCCUUUGUUGUCACGUGUUUAAUAUUGAUGUCCAUCAAAAUUUUGCGCGAAUUACCGUGGAACAAUCAAAGUCGGAUCUGAGCAAUAUGUAUGUCGCGGUUUCUAUUGGUUAGGGCUUUUUCUUUUUAUUAAUACGUAUACUGAUCAUGUUUCAUGUCAUUAGAAGCUUUUUUCAGUGAGAAAAACUCUGUUUUACAGUCGUGUGAGAAAUCCGAGGUGAUCCUUCAGCACUGCAUCUUGUGAAGCUGUUCUUUCACAACCUCUAUUUGUUGUGCACUGCAAGAGGGACAUACGUAAAUGUGUGCCAGAGAAGGGUGACAUAUUUCGCAUACCAUUUGUGUAUUGCAUCUGCCCUGAAAUAAAAAUGGGAGGUUGCUUGUCA